CGGGAAGAAAAACAUUUGUGCGAUGAGUUUUUGCUGUGUUGGAAAAAAGACACUGCUUGCAAACAGUUGGACAACAUGGUUGUUAAUCUCUGCCUGCCGCAUUUCCAAACCGCUGUAAGCACCAACAAGAGUUCUGACACAGACAGGAAAGGUGUACGUCGGAACAGCUCGAAGGUGAUAGUGGAGGACGAACCUGUGGAAAUAAAAAAGCAGCAGGACUAGAUGCUCUGUGCAGAUGGAUAUGAUGUUACGAACCUUGUGUCAGCUGACCCAGCUCUUCGGAGGAGGGGCUUCAAGCUGGAGUACUUCCUGCGUCCACCUGUUCAGGUCACUCUGAAAUUUGGUUUCCAAGUGGAGCUGUUUCGGGUGGAUGUGGAACUCUGGCCAUGGGGCAUGGAUCAAGGACAGGCGUGUAAAAGACUGGAAAUCAGCACCAGUUCUGAUCCAUUAUCUGCUCACGCAUCUUCUUGCGGGCAGGGUGAGCAAAAACAGCAAAUCCAGAAGACGUUGCUGAGGCCCAGUGAUCAGAGGACAGAGAAACACGUGAAUAAAUCCGGCAAGCCUCACCACUGGAGUCAUCAAGCACGAAUGUGGGGUAAAGAAGCUGUGGAUGAGCUUCAGAAAGAGAAAAAACAUAUGAAUUCAAGCUGUGAUCUGAAUAGUGAGCCGGAGUUUAAACUUGUCGGACGCUGCGAACUUAGAGAUGAAACGGACGUCAGUUUCUCACGUUCCCCUUUCUGUCCCCGCCUGCCGUUCCUCGACCCUCCCCCGCCACAGCGCCCAAGCUGUCGUAAAGAAGAGCUCUGGAGUCGUGGCCUCCCUUCGCUAGGUUCGGUCUCACAGCUUCGAGUGGCGAUACCAUACGGGGGAGCCGCCUCUGCUUUGGGACUGAAGAGCCUAGCAGUCUGGGGACAACCUGCUCGGUGCUGCCCUCAAGAGGAGGUGGAGAAGAUUAAGAACAUACACAAAGCCAGUGAGAGACGGUCAAGACCACCUUCCUUUCCUCCGCAGACCAAACGGCCAGAGAAGAACACAACCAUUCCAAGUAAUAGUUCAGUCCCUGAAGAGUUCCUCGACCCGCUAACACAAGAGAUAAUGACACUGCCGAUGAUGCUGCCAAGCGGUGUGUCCGUCGACAACUCAACUUUGGAAGAAUAUCAGAAGAGGGAGGCCACGUGGGGUCGACCUCGGAAUGAUCCCUUCACUGGGGUCCUGUUCACAUCCGCCUCUCAACCUCUUCCGAAUCCGCAGCUAAAAAGCCGCAUUGACCGUUUCCUCCUCCACGAAGGCGUCUCGGGUCGAGACGGGAUGCUGGGCCGAACUGGAAACGGCAUGAAUCCCUCACGACUCGUCACUGGAGGAGAGGCUCAGAACCCUACAGAGAAAAACUCGCAGACCUCAGAGGGCGUAGAAGAACCUGCAAGAUCUUUGUCCCUCAGUGAAACUCAUGAUUCCCAGCUUUCUGACAGUACUCAUCUAUCCCAGCUUUCUAAAGGGACCAAACGAAAUCGCACUCCAGAGUUAGAGCUGGCAACUGAUGAGCAGCUUCUACCUCAAACUAAGUUUAUGAAAAUGGAUCCGGACUCAGAUCCAAGCUGCUCUUCUCACGAACAGCGUUUGUCGGCGAGCCUGGAUGAGGCGCUGUGCUCUGUUCUAAGAGGCCGACCUUCUUUUACGACAGACCUACCCAAACAGGCUUGUCCAGAACCCUUGUCAAAGCAGAACUCCCCAAUGGGCCAGACACCCUGCUCCUCAAACACAGCCGGUGAGAAGAUGUGUGCGACAUGUUUCAGCGCGGUCUCGCUCUACUCCAAACCUUCAUCACCGGUUUACAGACUCGUCUGUGGCCACCUGCUCUGUCGCUCCUGCUUGCACCAGGAACUAACCUCCGCUUCCAAUCAAGUUUCCUGCCGUAGCUGCAGAAGUCAAACGCCCCGCAACAACGUCACGCGUGUUCAUCACUGACGCAACUCAGAGAUCAGUGGCUGUUCACGUGUCGCAGGCUUGUCAUCAUAUUUGCUGGUCAUUCAUGUGAUUGUAUUCAUGCAU